UUGAAUAAAGUUAGCACCAUGCACGCAUUGCUGUUGUUGGGACUUGUUGGUGCCGUUUUGGGUGAUUCUUGUACAGAUUAUAAUCAUCCUAAAUUUGGUAAAGUAGGAAAAUGUAUAUCUAAGAGCUGCUGUGCUUUUGGCACCUAUAUCUCAGACCUGUGCUCUGGAGACAAAGCAUGCUGUUUCGCCCAGGAUAAUUGUGGUUCUGGGAGCGUACUUGGUGGUUGUCCAAACAUCGUAAGCAGAUCAGCCUGGGGUGCCCGUUCUCCUACAAGUAUUACAUACCUAACCAAACAACCAGUACACUAUGCUUUUAUUCAUCAUGGAGAAAGUGCAUCCUGUACAACCCAGAGUUCCUGUUCGGCUAUCGUCAGAUCAUACCAGAAUUACCACAUGGACACCCAUGGAUGGAGUGAUAUUGGAUACAGUUUUUUGGUUGGUGAAGAUGGUAAUGCUUAUGAAGGUAGAGGCUGGGAUCGAGUUGGUGCUCAUACUCAAGGAUACAAUUCUGUUGGUUUAGCCUUCUGUAUGAUUGGAAGUUUUGAUAGCCGUGUCCCGAAUGCCGCUGCAAUAGCUACAGUGAAAAGAAUGAUUGCUUGUGGUGUCAGCAAGGGCAAGAUUUCCCAAAGCUACGUGCUAAGAGGUCACAGAGAUAUGGGUUCAACCAGCUGUCCUGGUCAAGCGUUGUACAAUCUUAUCAGAACAUGGCCACACUACUGAGAUGAACUGUUGGCUUAUUUUCAUGUUUUCUUAAUUUAAAGAAAUAAAGCUUGAUGUGAUAA